AUGGCUUUUCGGCUGGAGGUCCCGGACGAGCUGCCCGCCGCCUGCCUCUCCCCGUGCGGGCCGCCCAACCCCGCCGAGCUGUUCAGCGAGGCUCGGCGCCUGGCGCUGGAGGAGCUGGUGGCGGGCGGCCCCGAGGCCUUCGCGGCGUUCCUGCGGCGCGAGCGCCUGGGCCGCUUCCUGAACCCCGACGAGGUGCAGGACGUGCUGCGCGCGGCCGUGCGGCCGGGCGGGGAGAGCGCGGCGGCGGCGGCUGCCGAGGACUCGUUCGGCUCGUCGCAAGACUGCUCCUCGGGCACCUACUUUCCCGAGCAGUCGGACCUGGAGCCGCCGCUGCUGGAGCUCGGCUGGCCCGCCUUCUACCGGGGCGCGUACCGGGGCGCCACGCGCGUCGAGGCGCACUUCCAGCCCCGCGGCGCGGGCGCCGGCGGCCCCUACGGCUGCAAAGAUGCGCUGCGCCAGCAGCUGCGCUCCGCGCGAGAGGUGAUUGCCGUGGUGAUGGAUGUGUUUACAGACAUUGACAUCUUCAGAGACCUGCAGGAAAUAUGCAGGAAACAGAGAGUGGCUGUGUACAUCCUUCUGGACCAGGCUCAGCUGCCCCACUUUCUGGAUAUGUGCAUGGAUCUGAAAGUACAUCCUGAGCAGGAAAAGCUGAUGACAGUGCGGACUAUUACAGGAAACAUCUACUAUGCAAGGUCAGGAACCAAAAUUUUUGGGAAGGUUCAUGAAAAGUUCACGCUGAUUGAUGGCAUUCGAGUGGCCACAGGCUCUUACAGUUUUACAUGGACGGAUGGCAAAUUAAAUAGCAGUAACUUGGUAAUUCUGUCCGGCCAAGUGGUUGAACACUUUGAUCUGGAAUUCCGGAUCCUAUACGCCCAAUCAAAGCCCAUCAGCUCCAAACUGCUAUCCAACUUCCGGUUCCACGGCCGGUUUGACCAACUGGCAGACCGGAAGCCGUUAUCCAAGGAGCUCACGCUGGGCAACCUGCUGCGCAUGCGCCUGGACAAACUCUCCAGCACGCCUAAGAAGACACCCCUGGGCCCCGGGACGCCUGCGUGUGCAGGGGAGGAUGCUCGGCGCCAGGACUCGGAGGCUUCCACCAUCAGCGAGGAUGACUACCUGCACAGCCGCCAGGACGAGCUGGAAGGCAGCCAGGGGGUCCAUGUCUCCACCCAAACCGAGCCAGGAGAGGAGCUGGCCGCGGUGAGCGUGAGCGAGGCGGGGACGCAGACCAGCUCCAGCACUGCCUGUGUGGGGACCCAGACCACGGUGGCCACCAGGGCCGUGAGCGCCCAGACUGUGCUGUGGUCCAGGGAAGCCACCACGCAGACGGACACUGAGGAUAGCUGCCUCCCUUCCCACGGAUCCCAGUCCAAAGAGGGGUCACCAGUGUCAAAGAUGUCUGUGUCCAGGUCAUCCAGUUUGAAGUCAUCCUCCUCGCUGUCUUCCCAAGGCUCUGUGGCCAGCUCCAUUGGCUCCCACACUUCCCUGAGAACCACCGACCUCCACAAUCCGGGGUACCCCAAUUACCUGGGCACCCCACACCUGGAUCUGUGCCUGAGGGACUCGCUGAGAAACUUGAAUCAAGAGCGACAGCAUCACCUGACCGGCAUCAGGUCUCGGCUCAACCACAUGCUGACCAUGCUCUCCAGGAGAACGAUCUUUACUGAAAACUACCUUAGCUUUAGCCCCGGAAGUUAUACCCGAGCCACUGUGAAUUUGGUUGCCAUUAGAGAUGUCCCUCUCUUUCCUGCCCAGCAAUGAGUGACUCUGGGUCCCAGUACCUGCGGUAGGCAGCACUUUACUUUCCUGCUUGGCAAACCACAGCAGGGUUCCAACUGCCUCCUCUUGACUGUUAGUCACUACAACUGACUUUGAAUUCUAUUCUGCACAUCACAUGCUUUUCUUUUUGUACUGUAGAAACCAAAGAUUGGUUUUAUGGCUUAAAUACUAAGGGUACUAUAAUUUUUUUGCACAUUUUAAACUGUUGAUAUUACUUAAAAAGAUAUGUAGGUGUUCUGGGGUUAAAUCAGUAGAGAGGAAAUGUUCCAUGCUUUUCUUAAGGUGUUUGCUCUUGCCUUAGAGGACUGUUUUCAGGAUCAAAAUCCUGUUUAGAAAAGUUUUGCUGUGGUUUUUCUCUUAAAAGUAUGUAUGUUCCCAGCAUUAAGUGUUGACUGCUUGAGCACUUUUUUCCUUUUUGUUUCCUGACAUUUUUGUCUUUAGGAGUAUGUAAAACAAAUAGACAAACAGCACUCUUAGGUAUCUGUGGAGUAUCUUAGGUAUAGGUGGGGAAGAACUUAUUGAUCUAGAUUGUAAAAGGGAAAAGUUACUCAAUGGACUAGAGAUGUGACUCAAGCGGUAGAGCGCUUGGCUUGCAAGCCUGAGGUCCUGAGUUCAAAUGCCACAACAACAAAAUUGGGGUUCUGCCAUCCAUAGCAUGGUGAAAACUGAUGUCACUCUGUUUGAAUGAGGAACUUCGCCACAGUCGUGGGCUUCUAAUGUGCUCCUGCUUUUGUGUCUUCAAAGAAAAAGCCUGAGCUAUUUCAGGGAGGACAUGGGUUUUCUGCCUCUGCCAAAGGAGCCCUGGAUGCCUGCCCAACAUAAAGUCUAGUGGCCCCAUGGACUUCAUUUCAUCAGAUGGGUGUACUGACUGUGGUUUAGCAAUCUCCUAUCCCAGAGCAGGGGCAAGAGAGGACACUGACAAUUAUCCCAGAUUCCUAGUCCAAUGGCAGGCAGUGUAAUUGGUUUCUGCAUCCUGCUAAUCAGGAUCAGUAUAGUUGUGGAAUCUCGUUCUUGUCUUAUUCACGUGGACAGACAAAAGGAAGAGAGUUAACCUGUGGCUUCCUCUUUGAGGCUGGCUAGAGCAGUAGAGCUCUAUAAUAGGGCAGCUAUUGCCUGCUGUGUAGAAUGCUGCUGCACUGGGACCUGGAGUACUCCUGCAGGUUUUUAUGUGUGCUGCAGGACUCUGGGCCCUGGCCAGGUUAUGUGCAGGGUUAGUGAAGCAGAUAUGUGGAAACUGGUCUGUAUUUGCCUGAAAGCGACUCUUACUUGCCCACAAAUGGGACUUGAAACAAUUUUAGGAAGAAGAUGAUAUGAGUAUGUAUUGAAUUCUUUUAAGAUAAAGUGUAAGGUCUACUCCUGGGAGGGCUCCAGGCAGAUGCUCUUGCCUGUUUAAGUCUGCACCUGCUCCUGGCACAGCACCGACAGCCACAGGCCGCUUGACUCCUCCAUGUGCGCCACGUUGUCCUCGAUCUCCAUGGAUAGCGCAAUGUCUGUGUCUCAUCAUGUCCAGUGUCUCCUGAAGAUCUGGGCUCUUUCUCUGUGGGGUGCCAGGGGCAGCUGACCUGGCUUUCUUGGACAUGGAAUCUUGUCCAGUGGUAGAGUCUUUCUCAGCAUGCUUGAGUUGUGGAUGGCAGACAGAUCCAGGUUGAGGUCUCAGUGAAGCAAGGCCCAGCUGUGGCCUUCCAGCACAGAGAACUGCAUGCAGUUUGCACAGGAUCCUGCUGACCUGCUAUCGGCUCUGCCCUUGUGGAGCAAGGGGGCCUUCCUCCCACCUUCAGGCAGCCAAAGUCG